AUGGCCGGGGCGGCGGCUGUGGUGCUGAUGGUCGCGGCGGCGGCGGUGCUGUCGCCUGUCUACGUGGCCUUGGCGUCCAACUCGGAGGGCGAUGCGCUCUACGCCCUGCGGCGCGCGCUCGCGGACCCCCGAGGCGUGCUGCAGAGCUGGGACCCCAUGCUCGUCAACCCCUGCACCUGGUUCCACGUCACCUGCAACCGCGACAACCGCGUCACCCGAGUGGAUUUGGGUAACUCAAAUUUGUCAGGCAGUCUUGUUCCUGAACUAGGUCACCUUGAACACCUGCAAUAUCUAGAACUCUACAAAAAUAAUAUUCAGGACACUAUCCCAGCUGAGUUUGGGAAUCUGAAGAGCCUUAUCAGCUUGGACCUGUAUAACAACAACAUCACAGGGACCAUACCGAAAGAACUUGGCAAGCUAAAAUCCUUAGUAUUCCUGCGACUUAAUGACAACCGCUUGAUUGGUCCAGUUCCACGGGAACUGACAAAAAUCUCUAACCUCAAAGUGAUAGAUGUCUCAAACAAUGAUCUUUGCGGCACAAUCCCAACUAGUGGGCCUUUUGAGCACGUACCAUUGAGCAAGUAUGAUCUACAAACUCCUUGUAAAUUCACCAUUAAAUACUGA